UCCUGACUACCUCGCACGUGCUCCUCGGUGGCUGACUCGCAACUUCUUCCACUUGCUCUGUAAAGACGCACACUCGACCGCGGGCGCGCCAUGGGUCUGCACGAGGUGGUGGUGAUCACGCCGCCCUCCAGCACCAAGCUCUCCAAGGCACUCAGCCGCAUCCUGCCUCGCCGCUUCAGGAAAUGUGACGGCUGCCAUCGGAGGGAGAGGGACUGUACUUGUCGCUUCCAGUUCUUCAGAGGAAAUGGUGUCGCUGAGCAGUAUCUGGCAGGUGUGGGAGAGUCAGUCCUCACAGUCACUCGAGCAGGCGUUACGGGCGGCCUCCUCCUUCACCAGCACCACCACAACACAGGAGCGCCACCGCCACCUCACCGUCACCACCACCACCAUCAACACCAGAGGCAGCGAGAACACUCCACUCCAGGCUUCUCCUCCAAACUCCCCGCCCCCUCCUCCCACCCCAUCAUUCUCUCCCACAUUAUUCCCGCCCACACACAGCUCUCCACCAACACAGAGUCCCCCCCCUCCCCCCGAGGCGUGGACCACCCUUCCUGGGUCCCCAACCGUGUCAACGCCUCCCCCCAGCACACCCACCCCCACCAGCAGCGGGGGACAGGCGGUGGAGUACGACGCCCCAGUGGUGAUCUCUCCCCCUUGGCCAGCAGCCUCCACCACCAGCACCACCACCGCCAGGGUAGGCUGCCGCUAACCCCCACCACCACCUCAGACAUGCCUGUUAACGGGUUGGGAAGCUUGGGCACCGGUGGAAAUUGUGGAGGUGGCGGCGGGCCUCUCUCACCCCCACCCCCUACUCUUCUCCCCCCUCCGCCUCCAACCACCACCACUGUAACCACCACUACCAUCUUUGACUCCAAUACCAACAACAUCCUCAAUAACAACCACCAUAACAACAACAACCAGCUUAAUAACCUCCACCCCUUCGACACCACCUCCUCCACCACCUCCUCGUCCAUCUCCAACACCAACACGUCCUCCAUCUCGGCCUCCUCCCGCUGCCCUCCACUUCACGAUCUGCACGACUACGCCGGUGACGGGUCUGAGGGUGACAACUAUCAGACUGGCAGCGGGGAUGGGUCGGAGUGUGAGCCGUGCCUCAUCCAGCUGGAAGAGCGACUCAUCAAAAGCUACCCCAUCUGGUUCCUGCCUGACUUACAGCGAUCCGGCGCCGUUCACCUCCUGCAGGGCAAAGACGAAGGGAACUUCAUUGUACGACAGAGCAGCCAGCUAAACACCCGAGCCCUCAGCGUGCGCCUCCCGCCGGACAAGGGACCCUACAUCCAACACUACCUCAUUGAGAUCCACAACGACGGCUCCUCCUACUCACUCGAAGCUUCUGAAAAUCGCUUCGACACCCUUCCUUCGCUCAUCGCCUAUUAUUCUCAGUGCUGCGACGAGUUGCCGGUUCAGCUGAAGCUUCCCCGCACCAUCCAGGAGGCCAAGACCCGCCAUGAACUCAGCUCUCUGUCACUGCUCGGACAAGAAUUUUGGGGAACAGUGAUGGCCAGUCCCACAGCUAGCACACCAACAGCUGAGAGUCACCACAGCAAUGCCCCAACGCCUUCCCCUCGCCCACACGACCUGUCCUUUAGCAGUUUUGGAAAAGGUGGUGUUACACGAGGGACAUCCUCCACCAGUCUCCUGUCACCACAAACACUUGCAGGAGUGUGUGCAUCUGGAGGGUCACUGGGCAGCUCUGCAGGAGGCUCCACAUCACCACUCACACCAGUAAGACCAGCUCCUCCACUACCAUCUCCAGGGGACCGCUCAUCCCUAAACUUGAACUUGGCCCCCCUUGAAGAGUUCUUGAAGGAACAGCCAACAUUCACCUCCUUCCGUUCCCAACCAGCCACUCCAGUCAGUCAGCUAAAGCCCAGCACUCCAGGCGCAAAGCCAGUACCUCCACCCCGCUCCAGUCCACCUGGUGUGCAGCGGACUAGCCAGAUUAGUCCACCAAGCUCACAGAGAUUGCAAAGCAAACCUGUGCCUGCAGCUAGGUUCAGCCCACCCAUAGGAUCUGACAUAGGAACCCCCACCAGUGAAAAUGGGGAGAUUGUUUCUCGUCAAAGCCAAGCACCAGUGCCACCCCCUCGCUGGGCACGGCCUUGCAUAACGACAUCACCAUCAAACAUUACUGUCACCACCACUUUAACACUAAAUGUCAAUCAGGUGAAAGCUCUCCCACUGCAGGUUGAUGAAAGUCAGGAAGGAAUGACAGUUCAUAUAUCAAAUCUUGAAAUUUCUCCAAGCAAUAGCAAUACCACCCCAUCAAAUGCUCUUAGCUCAACACCCAAUGGCAACCAAAGUGGAACCUUAAAUGGCUACAGAGAUGGCCUUCAUUUGCAGAUUCGACAGCAGAUAACUUCACCCCAGAGCACCCCUUGUACUCCCUGUGGACCGAGCACCCCAGUGGGCGAGGAGGGUAUGUCAAGGGUCAGAAUGAGGAAUGGAAAACGAGACAAAAGGAGACAUUCCAACCAUUAUCAUGAGGCAAAUAUUAUUGACAGUAAUGCCUUGUACUGCAGAUCAUCCGUGGUGGACAAGAUGAGUGACUAUGAGGAUUUGUGGUCUAGUCCUCCUCGUGAGAUCCCUUCAACACCAAGUCCAUCUCAGCCCAAAAUGUUAACUUUCAAACCUCGUAAUGAAAUUUCAAAGUCAAUGGGGGAUUUGAGCGAAAUAGCAAAAAAUUCAAAAUCAACACCCUUUACUUACAAUCCAGAAACUAAUGUUGGUGAUGAAAGUACUGGUAACGAAAAGAAUGCCAACGGCAACAGCACAGAUUCUAUCAGCUCUUACCGAAAAAAUUCCAGUCCCUUCUACAUGGAGCCAGCAGAUGCUUUAAAGGAAUUACAGCCACAAGCAAGAAUAAACAAGGCCUCAAAUGUAUUGCCAAAAAAAGUAAACAACCGCUAUUCAGACUCUAACAUCCAAUGGAAGACCAGAAAAAGCCACAACUCACUAGGCAUCAUAGACUCUAAUGAAGAUUUACCUUCAGCAUCCAGCACAGAAAAUCUUGCAAAUGGGAGAACAAAUGAAAUUGGCAGUAUCAGAACAGAAGAGGAGACCAAUAGAAACAUUGAGAAUGAAAAGAAUAAACUCAAUGCAAGGCAUUUAGCCAAUGGCCAGGGACGAAAUGAAGUACGCAGGCAUUCCAGACUUGGGGGACGAGGAAAGCCCAUAGUGCCGCCAAGAAUUGGCAUUGAUUCUCAUGCAUCAAAUGGAGACCAGAAUGCAGACAUUGGUUGUCACUUGGCAUCCUCUUGGGAGUACCAUCUUCAUGGUUCAGAUACAGAGGACAUACCAGGUGGAGAGAGCAGAUUUCCUGUAGAUGAUAAUGGAGAAUCUGAUAGUGUGAUCAUACCUGGAGAAAGAACUGUUCAGGAUUUAAUCUCAGAGAAACAUCCUGAUCUAAUGCCAUCAGAUGCACAUUCCAUAGCACCAAGCUCUAUAACACGCAUCAGUGAGUAUGACAAUGUUGGCAGUCACGGUGCCAGUUUUCGUGGGGAGGACCAGCAUCAGAAGUCUUCAAACCACAAAACCUCUCGCAGCAUCCUUCCCGAGGAGCGCAUCCAUCCACCUCUUCCCACUCAUUACUUCCCCUCAACUGUAAGUGACUCGGGCACAGAAUUCUCUGAGCCUUGGGAUUCACGCAAGUGGGAGCCUUUCAUGCAUUCUGAGGAUGACUCGUCUGUGGACCAUUAUCCGCGUAGUUUGACAGCAACGCCAGCUCUGUGCACCAACACACUAGAAGACUCUGACAUGGGUGGUGCUGGAGUCACUGAUACAGACUCCUUUGUGCAUGUGACGGGUGGUGAGAAUGUAGCUGUUAGUGAUGAUGAGGAUGCUGGAUCCAUUUCAGGAACACCUACCCUCUCCCUUGCCCAUGCCCACAACCUUGACACACAGCAGCGCUCAAGAAUAAUGUCACCGCAGCUCCUGGCUCUAAGACACAGACAAGAUGCUGAGAAUGGUGUUGCCAUAAGAGCAUAUGCUGUGGAUCUGGGCAAUGAUACAUCAACAACCUUCAGUCAGGCAGUGAGCAACUUCAUCACCUGUACCUUGGAGAGCCCUGAGAAGGACCCAGCCAUUGUUACUCGCAAUGUACGGCAGUUCAUGUCAGGGAUGAAGAAUUAUUUAGUGACAAGUGGAGAGAAGGAGUUUGAGGCAAUUGUAAAGAAACAACAGAGUAAUCUCAAAGCAACAGAAUUUCUAAAUUUGGAUGCCAUCUUGGAGGAUGUGUUGGUUCGCCUUGUGUUGCGACCAUUGUGGAACCACAUCAACAAACUCUUUGUGGAUGCAUACUCCGCCAACGGCUCCAUCCAGCAGCUCGCCACCAACAUGAAGUAUGCCCGCUCACAGCAGUACAUUCGGCUUGGGAUAAAGGCUGAAUUAUCACCGCCCAGUGGAGCUUCUUUGGAUACCAUCCGCAGCUUAUUGACACGCAUGCAGAAAGUUUAUGCUCCGAGAGAAAAACUGGAAUCUCUCUUGGCAACUAUUUCACAUAUUUAUCAAGCUAUGUAUGAGAAUGGAAACACUUCUGGUUCAGGUGAUGCUGAUGACCUUGUGCCCAUGAUCAUGUGGGUCUUGUGUCAGUCAGGGAUGGUCUCUGCAGAAGUAGAAGCAGACUACAUGUGGGGUCUUCUGCUCCCCAGUGCGUCGUCUGGAGAAGCUUCUUACUACUUGGAAGCCUUCCAUUCUGCUAUUCAUGCUCUCAAGAACCUCUCUCCAUCACCCGAGUCUUCACCUGGAAACAGUCUGGAUUCUGUAAAACCGGAUGUGUCAGUGGUGUCAGAUCAGGGCAUCAUGAAGAUAGUUAUUCCUGAUGAGAAGAAUGGAAGCAUAGUGACUCGCACAUUGCCUAUUCGCCCGGCAACCACCACUCGGGAGGUGUGCAAGAUGAUGGCUCACAAACUCAAAGUUACAAAUCCACAGGAUUAUGGACUUUACAAGCUUGUGGAUGGUCUAGAGAGCCUUCUGGCUGACAAUGAAUGUCCACACAAAGUGAAAUCUGACCUCUCCACUAGCGGUUUCCACUGUACGUUUGCAUUCAAGCGCAUGGAUGCCAAAAUUGCUUGGCCAAUACUCACCUGAUCAGAAUAAUACAAUUGGCUGAUCAGAAUAUGAUUGAUCACUUGAUCUGAAGCGCUACAUCAAGAACAUAUCUCACUCCAUGGAUUGUCUGCAGUAUUCCAGACUUAUGCAUGUGUAGUGACAAAUUACUUAGUGAUGUAAACAUAAUUAAAACUAUGAAAGAUCUGAAGGGAAGGGAUAUGUAUCCCAAUGCAGCUCUGAGUCUUUGCCCUUGGACUCAGAGACACUGGUGUGGUGUACUGAAGUAAGAUUAUUAAUUAAAUACUCUUACAAUGUUUGAAGGUAAUAAUGUGCAAGGAUAAAAACAUUUUAAAAAUUUUCAUAUAAACAAUUUGUAAAAGUUUGUAAGCAUUUUUUCAAUAAAAUUUUUUUUUCAAUAUUGCCAGGGCAUUAAUCUGAAUGAGGAAAUCCAUCUCAGGAAAGAAAAUAAUCAAGUUAACCAUUUUUCUUUCCUUGUAGAUGUGCAGUCUUCAUCAGAGUAAGAGCACAACUUUAUCUUUUGUAUCAGACAUCAAACAAUCUUUCAUAGCACUUCCAGGACUCAGUGUAGAAUAUAUUUUGUUACUGUUAUUUUUCCCAUGAAACUUUAUAGAACACUCUCUUAGGUUUAUUUACAUAUGUCCUUUUUAGUAGUACCAUAUAUAGUCAUCUCUUCAGAAAAAUGUAACUAUUAUAAUCUCAGAGGACAUGGAGGAAAACAAUCUGUUGAAAGUGACAGGAGGACCAAAUAUCAGACUUGGGCUUAACUUUCACCCUGUGAUGUGUGACACAACACAGAGGAGGGGACACUCUGCCUGUGCCCGACCUUUAGUUACAGUAUGUCAUUCAUAACUUUUCCUUCUGAGUAUGUACAUAUUGUUUAUAAUUAUGUCAUGUUUUGUGUAUAAUUAAAGAAUCUCAUCCUGUAUGUUAUGUAAAGUGUGUUGAUGUGAAUUGACCUGAUUAAGCUACAUCUCUUAGUGCAAAGAUAACUUAUGAAGCUUUGCAUUUUUCAGCAUUUUCAAUAAGAAUUAUAUUACAUACAUAGGAUCUUUUUUUAAUUUCUUAAUUUCAUUUGAUUUUUCUUCCACCCAUCUUUUUAAGAAUAAUUAAUGCAGGAGCUCAUACAGAUUAUAAUAAUUUUAUUUAUUUAUAUAUAUUUUUCUGUUGCUAGGAUUUUCUUUUCUGCCGUGAAAUGUAGUUACGGGCACUGGAGUCAGCUAGCAUUAAGAAGUAGGCCUUAGUUUUUUGCUCAAUAUCACAUACUGCUGAUGCAGCUGCAUUUUAUGAUUAACUAGUGUUCCACAAUGAUCAGGACUGUAUUAUACAUACAGCAGUGUGAACAAGAAAUCUUUGUGUGUUUGUCAUACAAUACAUAAAGAAAAAUCUGAUAUUUGAUUUUGGAAAGUUACAAACUGAACAACCAUGAAGCACUUAUGCAAAAAGAUUACAUCUUUUUACUUAUUACCAUGGUCCAGGACAGGUGAAAUGUUUUCAUACAGUGCCAUCCUUAUUUUACUACUUUCAUUAAUCACCAGUGGCCAGCUCCUGCAUUUUGAGCUCAAAUGCUUUCAUUUUUCAUGCCAGUGAAUUAUUUUAUACUUUUAUAAAAAACUCUAACCAUAUCACACUAGGUCUAGCUUAAGAGUAGAUAAUGACUAGUGUAAUAUUUACAUGUCCUUUUUGUAUAUAUUGUACUUUUUUUUUUUGCAGAUAUAUUGCUAAAUGGCUGUGUUACAGUUGGUGUUAGGGCCACCUAUAAGUUUGUUGUACUAAACUUUUAUGACUAUAUUUGAAAUUUUACUGAACUAAAACUUUAAAACAAUACCAUAUUCCCCUUUUUCAAACAUUUCAAACUUUUAGGUGGUCAUGUUUGUGUACAAUGUCUAGUCAUUGCUUGGUAAUUGUAGUUGCAUUUCAAGCUUUUUUAUAUACUAAUAUCAAACAUUAUUAGGUCUACUUCCAGAUCUUAUGAUUGAAAAUGUAAUGGUAUAUUAUUAGCAUUCAUAUGUUAUAUGACAUAUGUUUCCAAAUGUCUACAAAAAUAAUAAAAGCAGUUCAAUAAUUU